AACAGAAAUCAGUCGAUAUCACAACGUACAAACAACUCAGACGGUGAAGUAUUUUAUUGUGUUGCGCAAGAAAAGUCAAAAUGAAUUGUCGAUAUUACACCGAACGGACUUUGGGAUGGAUGUUGAACAAUAAAUUAAUAGUGUUUCUUAGUCUUCUUUGUUUCUGCCUGUUCGUAUCAACUUUAGCGUUAUCAGGACAAAAAGGAAGAUUACAGGAUGAGUUAGACGAAUUAAAAGCAGCGACGACAACAGAAGCGCCUACUGAAGCACCUGAUAAUACUACAGAGGCGUCCACAAAUCCUGACGAGACGACAACCGAGGGAACUAAUCCUGAUGAAACGGAGACAAAUCCUGAUAACACUGCUCCAGAAACGAAUCCUGAUGAAGCUGCCCCAGAAACGGACGCAAACAAUGGAACUGAAACUGAGACGGAUACUGGCGAAAAUAAUACAGACAACAAUGGUACUGAGGGCGCAAAUCCUGUACUAGCAAAAUCUGAAACAGUUGAAUCUACGAAUGAAGAAAAUGUGAACACGUCAGAAAACUUGAAGGAUAUUGUGAAAGAGAGUAAAUUACUGUCCUUGAUAGUAGCGUAAGAUAGCGAACAAUUGUGUCAGUGUUAUGUGUACCUAUGUCAUAAGUAUUUUAACGAUUGUAAAUUUCUAAUAAAUCAAGAGUUUUUUUA